UAAGAAAUGUGGUUGGUUUGAGUUUUGUAAUAACAACUCAUGACCCUUAAAGCAGAAAUAUCUUCCAUUUGCCAACCUCUAUGGCAAGUUUCACUGAGGACGUGAGGUCUUACUAAACAGUCUUGUGCUUACGAGCCGGGUUCACAAAGACAAUAAUGGAGCGGUCAAACAGCACGGGAGAAGCUGAUCUCUCUAUCAUCACGGGAGUUCGGGUAGCAGCAAGCAUCAUCCUUGGAGCAACUUGUCUCAUUGGGAUCCCCGGCAAUUCCAUCGUCAUCUGGGUGAUAUUGUCCAAGAUGAAAAGGCGACCGUCCACUAUUCUGCUCAUCCUCAACCUGGCCAUCGCAGAUCUCGUCGUUCUGCUCACGUUGCCCCCGUGGAUUUACUCCAUCAACAACGGCUGGGUCUUUGGUGAGAUUUCGUGCAAGGUCCUCACCUACCUGAUCUACUGCAACCUGUACGGCAGUGUGUUCUUCAUCACGCUGAUGAGCGUGGACCGCUUCAUGGCUGUCAUCUAUCCAUUCGCCUCCCAACGUUGGCGGACGGAGAGGCCUGUCUGCAAGGUAGUGCCCGUGGUUUGGACACUGGCCUUUCUCUUUGCUGUCCCUGUUAUUCUAUUGGUGAAGGUUCAGACUAUAGACGGCAAGCCCACGUGCUCAGCCCACAAGUACGAUUCGAAAGUUCUGCGAAUUACUUCACUUGCGGUGGAGACAUUCAUUGGGUUUGUGAUUCCUCUCACGGUGCUUGCUAUCUGCUACGCUCACGUCGCUAGAAGGGUGAGCCAAAUGACCUUCAAGAGUAAAAACAGGACUGAGAUGCUGAUCGCCAGCAUCGUCAUAGCAUUUGUGAUCUGCUGGUUUCCUUACCACGUGUGCAACGUGUUUAAAUUUGCCUCCCUGAUGGUGGACCCGGGUUCGGAUGCAUUUAGCGUACUGGCGCAUAUUUCCAAGUUCGGGUCGUACGUAUCUGGGGCAUUAGCCUUCAUCAGCAGCGCCAUUAAUCCUCUGCUCUAUGCGUUCGCUGCCAAGAGUUUACGGAACGGUUUUCGGUCUUCGGUGAUGGUAAAAGUCUUUGAGCAAAUGGCUCAGUCCACAAAAGACGAAUACACCAUGGAGCGCUUUAAUACUACAAAAGUGGAAAGGAUCCAAGAUCUGUAAACCAAUUUGGUGUUGUUAAUCAUGUGUUGCAUUCACUCCCGAAUGAAUAUCCAUGGCUAAAACUGUGCAGGACAUGAGUAAAUUGCUGCAGAAAUAACUGGAUGACUUGCACUGAACCCUAGAGA